UAUUAAAGAGAAAGGGGUUGACCUGUCCCAUUCCAACCGCCUCCAUUUCUGAGACGUCAUGAGAGACGGAGGCGAUUCCCUGCCCUCGAUCUCCGCGAACCCCAAGCGCCACUCCCCCUUCCCUCUCUUAGGCAAGGGCCGGUACAAGCUGUGGGUCUGCGCCGCCAUCCUCCUCCUCGCUCUCUGGUCCUUGCUCACCGGCACCGUCACCCUAAAGUGGUCCAUCGGCGGCGCCAACAGCCCCUCCGACGCUCCCGUAUUUGGCGACCUCGACGUCCUGGAGGUGGAGGAGAGGGAGAAGGUGGUUAGGCAUAUGUGGGACGUGUACGUCCACAGCCGCAUUGCUCGGCUGCCGAGGUUCUGGCAGGAGGCUUUCGAGGCGGCGUACGAGGAGCUCGCUGGCGACGAUCCCUCGUCCAGGGACGCCGCCACGUCCGAGAUUGCAAGGAUGUCGAUGCGAAUGGCGGAUCCUGAGCCCAAUCAAGAUGCCAACAAUGGCGAAGAGGAGAAGAAUCAAAGGGACGGAGAUGGCAGGCCAAUGCCGAACUCCUCAUCACUGAAAGCUCAAUCAUAAUGGCGUUAUCCAACUUCAACACAAACCGAUGCGUCAUGUACAAGACAUGUGAACAAGCUCUCAUCUAGAAAUUAAUUUUCUUUCUGAAGUUUAGCUUUGGUGGAUGCUUGAAGUUGGUUCUAUAAUCUGUUAUGGCUCAGUAAUCUUAAUGCAAACUCACCUGAAA